AUGACAACAGCUAUAGCGACGGAAGCGUCGGCCCCUGCCGCGAUCCAUUCAUCGCGAACCAAACUUGCACAAGCCGCCGCAUCUUCGGCUGUCCCUCUGAAUCACACGUUCCCCAACAGCUACAAAGACGACUUGGCUGUUCACACGUUGCAAGUAUCCCCAGAAGUCGGACAUGCACGUUAUCUCGACGCAUCCCUUCCCUACGUCCCUGUGUUUGAAGAACAGUAUGGUCCUGAAGUGUCGUCCUCACUCCAGACCAAGUACUACACACUGACGGAAUCCGGUCAAGCGGGCAUUGAAGCGGCGACGGAUUCUCUGCAUGCUCUGUUCGUGCAAGCCACUGAACACGUGCUGCUACAUCAAGAAGCGCUCGCGCCUUAUUUUCACAUCCCUGCUGCUCUGUGGCCACGAAUCCAACACUCAUGGGCCCACCACAAAAACGACACGAUCUCCGGGCGAUUAGACUUUGCCUUGACAGACCAAGGCACAAAAGUGUACGAGUACAACGCGGACUCUGCAUCAUGCCUGAUGGAGUGCGGAUACACCCAAGACGCGUGGUCAAAAGCUGCCGGACUCGGCUCGAUUGGUCGAAGCAACAGUGCUACGUUGUUUUCACAACUGACGGCGGCGUGGAAAGGCAAGAACGUCCAAGGCACACUUCAUCUGCUAUGUGACGAUGACCCGGAAGAGCGAUAUCAUUCGUUGUAUAUGAAGGCCGCAGCCGAAGCCGCAGGCAUUCCUUGCACUCUAGUCGUUGGUGUGCAAGAGCUGCAUUACGACGAAGACGGAGUCACGAUUUUGGACGGACAGAAUCACCCCGUGCGCAACGUAUGGAAGACAUGGGCUUGGCAAACAGUGAUCAGUCAGUACGAAGCCGGGAAUGGUGCCGCUUCCUCCGGCCAUGUCCAGGUCAUGGACGUGAUGCUCCAUCCGUCCGUGCGCGUGUUUGAGCCCCUGUGGACAGUGCUUCCUUCGUCCAAAGCGAUUUUGCCCAUCUUGUCCCAACUGGCCCCCGACAACCCGUACUUGCUGCGAUCGACCUUUGACGCGGCAGACAUUGCGACUUUCAAGGGUGGAUACGUUGCCAAACCAGUCAUGGGUCGCACCGGGGCCAACGAUCAAUUGUACAGCAAUUGCUAA